CAAGAUAGUUAUCUUGAUGUAAAAUCACACCUCACUAUUCACUUUCUCCAGACCAUUCAUGAUUGUAUAGACCAUAGCGUUCCUGUCAUCUGUCGCUCUCUUUUUAUAAGGCCUCAUGUGCUUCUCAGGUACAGCAUGGAGAGCAGCAGGCUUCCCACACUGCCUCAGUGUUCCUCAGACCUGACCUGAGGUCUCCACUCCAAAGAGGCAAGAAUAUAGUUUUGUCUCCAGGGCUGUUGAAUUUUUGACACGCUGUGCAGAGACCGGUGAUGUAGCCAUCUCCACCAGCGGCUGGAGCCACCAAACAUAAGACACUAAACAGCUGGCAGAGGGUCAGUCACUGUCAACCUGAACUGGAUUCAAACCUAUGAAGUGGAGAAUGUAACAGAAGGGUCUCUUGAAAAGUUUACCACCAAAGGUGGCAACAGUACCAAUGUCUGCCAUGCCGCAUACCACAGAUAACCCAGUCAACAUGAGUGACUACGAGUACCAAUACUUAGACGAGGAGGAUUACAUCCAGGGAGUGCUUUGCACAAAGGAAAAUGUCAAGGCGUUUGGCAAGGUGUUCCUGACAGUGCUCUAUACAAUAGUGAUUCUGCUUGGAUUGGCCGGGAACUGUCUACUCUUUGCCAUCUUGAUCAAAUAUACCAAGAACAAGAAAAUGACCGAGGUGUAUCUGCUGAAUCUGACCAUUUCAGACCUUCUUUUUGUGGUAACCCUUCCCUUCUGGGCCACAUACGCAGCUUCUCAGUGGGUGUUUGGGAAUGCCUUCUGCAAGAUCAUAAGUGUCAUCUACACCACCAACUUCUACAGUGGCAUCUUCUUCGUCAGCUGCAUGAGUCUGGACAAAUACCUGGAGAUUGUUCAUGCUUGGUCCAAGAAAAACUUAAGGGCCCCAAGAAAGAGCUUCCUUGUCUCUUCAGUGGUGUGGGUUAUUUCCAUAGUGCUGUCUAUUCCUGACUUUUUCUUCAUGGAGGUGCAGGAUCUCCACAAUGGGAGACGAGUUUGCCACCUCGACUAUGGCCGGCACCACUCCAUCUGGCGGCUUCUCUUUCAAUUUCAGCAAAUCCUGCUAGGCUUCUUCCUUCCAUUCCUUUGCAUGGUGUUCUUCUACUCCCGCGUAGCUUGUGUUCUCACUACAUUAAUGUCUCCUGGCAAGAAGAGAGCUCUCCGCCUGGUCGUUAUUUUGGUGGUAGUUUUCUUUGUGCUGUGGUUCCCAUACAACAUUACUCUCUUUCUGCAUUUGUUGCAAAACCUCCAUGUGAUUAAGGGUUGUGAAACUAGCAAGCACUUGGACUAUGCUAUGCAAGUGACUGAGAGCCUUGCCUUUAUUCAUUGUUGCCUCAACCCCGUGCUGUACGCUUUUGUGAACAAACGGUUCAGGUUACACUUAAAGAAGAUUUUUGGGGCCAUCUUCAAGAGGCAAGAUUUCUUUGUUCUCCAGAUGUCUGAGACAAGUCGUUCUACUAGUAGGUGCACUGACCAUGUAGAAAUGACAAGCAUCACGAAUGUGUAAUGAAUAUUUAGAGAAUUUCAUUGCUGUACAAAUUUUAUCAUCACAUAUUGUACUGUUUCUGGCAAUGGAGUGAUGUAUGGAUGAUGUAUGGCUAAUGUAUUGGGGAGUGAGGGUAGCUCAGUGGUUUAAGCAUUGGCUUGCUAAACCCAGGGUUAUGAGUUCAAUCCUUAAGGGGGGCCACUUAGGGAUCUGGGGCAAAAAUCUGUCUGGGGAUUGGUCCUGCUUUGAGCAGGGGGUUGGACUAGAUGACCUCCUGAGGCCCCUUCUGACCCUGAUAUUCUAUGAUAAGUAGUUGGAGCACAGACCUGGGAAUCAGCUCUGGCAUUGACUCCUUCCAUCAUCUUGGGGAAAUCACAACCUGCCCGUGCCUCAGUUUCCCUAUCUGCAAACUCAUGGGGAUGGAAAUAAUUUGUUGGGAGGAUUUUUCUAGAAUGGAGUAAUCCCACUGAAGUGAGGAGUCAUUUUGCAUUUAGUUCACUAAACUUCUAGAAAAGAUCUCUAAGAGGGGCCUUGUUUUGUUACAGCUCAGUCAAUACUGUAUUUUCAUGUUAAAUCUUUUAAAAAACCUUUAUAUAAUGAAACACUGCAUGUUUAGCAAAUGUUCAAAGUAUGAGGGAAAAGUCGUGGGGUGGGGGUGUUCUUAAGAUAGGCUCUCUCUGAGUUUCAUGCAGUCACAAAGCGAUGAUUUUUGUCUUUUACAAUCAGUACAUGGAAUAAAAUACUUGUUAUA